UCCGGUUGGCUGCGCUCUCCUCCUCGGCACCGGACAGACACCGGGAGCGCACGGUGGACGCACGAUGAAGGAUGAAUGAACUUUAAAUCCGCCUCACAACUUUCACUGCCCCCCUCUCUCUCUCUCUUUCCCUCUCUCUCUUCUCCCUCCUCCGCUGCUCCAGAAGCAAACACCCAGAGGAAGAUCUCUACAAUGGAUUUACUGCCAUCACGUUGCUAUUGUGAAUGAUCACAUCUCUUCUUUUUUUCUUCUUCCUUUCUCUCUCUUCCUUCUUCUUCUUUCUCCGCGGAUGCUCACUAGCGUCGUGAGUCGAGAUGAUGGCAUCAAUAGGGGAAUUCGAUCCUCUCAACACCAGAGUCCCUGCAACUAAAAUAGAAGUUACCGUGUCGUGCAGGAGUCUACUGGAUGUGGACACAUUCUCCAAGUCCGAUCCUGUGGUCGUGCUGUAUUUGCAGGCUGUGGGAACCAAAGAAUGGAGGGAGUUUGGCAGGACAGAGGUAAUCGAUAACACUCGGAAUCCAGAUUUCGUCAGGAAGUUUGUCCUGGAUUUCUUCUUUGAAGAGAAACAGAAUCUAAGGUUUGAUGUGUACAAUGUGGACUCCAGAAGCUGUAACAUAUCCAAACACAAGGACUUUCUGGGCCAGACCUUUUGUACACUUGGAGAAAUCAUCGGCUCCACAGGAGGACGGCUGGAGAGGACCCUCUCUGGGAUUCCAGGGAAGAAGUGUGGAGUCAUUAUCUUUGCUGCAGAAGAGCUCAGUAACUGCAGGGAUAUUGCCACCAUGCAGCUGUGUGCCAACAAGCUGGACAAGAAAGACUUUUUUGGCAAAUCUGACCCCUUCCUGGUUUUCUACCGCAGUAAUGAGGAUGGAACGUUCACCAUCUGCCAUAAGACGGAGGUGAUCAAGAACACACUGAACCCGGUGUGGCAGCCCUUCACCAUACCUGUUAGAGCUCUCUGCAAUGGUGACUACGACAGGACUGUGAAGGUAGACGUCUAUGACUGGGAUCGAGAUGGAAGCCAUGACUUCAUUGGCGAGUUCACCACCAGCUACAGAGAGCUGUCUCGGGGGCAGAACCAAUUCAAUGUCUAUGAGGUUUUAAAUCCCAAGAAGAAAGGAAAAAAGAAGAAAUACAUCAAUUCUGGGACUGUAACUCUGCUGUCCUUCAAAGUGGAGUCCGAGUAUACCUUCGUGGAUUUCAUCAGAGGAGGAACACAACUGAACUUCACAGUGGCGAUAGAUUUCACAGCAUCUAAUGGUAACCCGUCCCAGCCCACCUCCCUCCACUAUAUGAGUCCCUACCAGAUGAAUGCAUAUGCCAUGGCCCUGAAAGCAGUGGGAGAGAUUAUCCAGGACUACGACAGUGACAAGCUCUUUCCUGCCUAUGGCUUUGGAGCUAAGCUGCCCCCUGACGGCAAAAUCUCCCACGCAUUCCCACUGGGUGGUGACGGAGAUAAUCCAAACUGUGUGGGCAUAGAGGGAGUCCUGGAGGCCUAUUUCCAGAGCCUGAGGACGGUGCAGCUGUACGGACCCACCAACUUCGCACCAGUCAUCAACAAAGUGGCAAACUGUGCAGCAGAGAUUACAGAUGGCUCCCAGUACUUUGUCCUGUUGAUGAUCACAGAUGGAGUGAUAUCUGACAUGGUCCAGACCAAAGAGGCUGUGGUCAAUGCAGCAUCACUCCCUCUGUCCAUCAUCAUCGUAGGUGUUGGGCCUGCUGAGUUUGACGCUAUGGAGGAGCUGGAUGGAGAUGAGGUGAGAGUAUCCUCCAGAGGACGUCUUGCUGAGAGAGACAUUGUUCAGUUUGUUCCGUUCAGAGACUACAUCGACAGAUCUGGCAACCAGGUCCUCAGCAUGGCCCGGCUGGCUAAAGACGUCCUCGCCGAGAUCCCCGACCAGUUGCUAUCUUUUAUGAGGAGCCGAGGAAUUGAACCUCGACCGGCCCUCUCCUCAUCCCCACUACCAGAACUGCACCGACACAUCUAACCCCCAGCUCUGCUUCUCCACUCUGACUCUCUCCCUGUCUCCCUCUCUCUCUCCCCCUCUCUCUGCUUAUCUUCGCUCGCCUCCAUUAGAAUGUUUUUUUCCACGUUAACGGAGUGGAAGGAUCUACCCGCGACUCGCCCUUCUUCCUCUCUUAUCACUGUUGAGGCUAAACAGGCACAACACAUCGACACAGCGGCGCUCAUCCCUGACUCACCCUGCUGUUGUAACUCAUCUUUUGCUCCCUCAGUUAUUACUCCCUGUUUUUUACUGUUCAUGAAAGGACAGAGAGAGUGAACCAUGACCGUUGCUCUCCUCCCCACUGACAUGCCAUCAUUCAGAGCUUUGACUUUUUGAAGUUUACUAAUUCCCCUCACUAGACACAUUCUGCACAAAAGGUUUUUCAUUUGUUGUCAGCCAGUGUUGACACCAGUCACACUUGGCAGGAGUCCUAGGAAGUGUGAGACACUGAAUUUAAUUGAAGCUAAAUGAAUUCAAAGCGCUUAAUGAGGGAUGUACGCCAGCUUGUAUCAGGUGCUGUGGGGGUAUUUCAGGCCAAGGUUGGACUCAUUGGAGUAACCGGUCACCUCCAGGACAGGUGUUUGUGAUUUACACUAAACUAUCCUCAUUUUCAUCUGGCUGUGCCAAAUCUUUUGAAUUUAGAGGGGCCAAGCAAUGAGUUUAAUUGAUGCAGAUGAAUUAGAGAAGCAAACUCUUUGGGCUUUGUUUUUUUUUUUUCUAAUGAAGGAGGAAGUCGAGUGUUGACUGAUCUGAGGUGGGGGGAUCCGUCAUAGACCUGCACACACACACACAAACACACACCUCUAUCUGCCAUGCCACACCCACCCUCUCUUUGCCCAGCGUGGGCUGAGGCUGGGUGCAGAUUCCCCCCCUGCUGUUAGAGAAAUGCCAAUCUCUCCGGCUGCCCUGCAGAGAGGAGGAGGGAGGAAGGAAGGAACAGAGACUGAAGGUGGGAGUAAAGGGAAGAGAGGGGAUUGAGGGAGGGAUUGAGGGAGGGAGGGAGAAAGAAAAAAAAACAAUGAGGAGACAAGAGAUGCACAAGGAUGCAGGGAAGAAGAAAACAUCCAGAGAUCUGUUUUGUUUGAUGCCAGAAGGGAAAGAAAAAUAGGAGAACCGGGCAGCGGCAGCAGAUAAGAGGCUGAGAUAGUAACAAAGUGGAACACCAUAGAUCUUUAGUUUAGGAGGAGUUUGUAUGCAUUAUUCUAGAGGAAAGAAAUCUCAGUGAGGGAUUAACGCACAUAUACGAAGCAAUAUACCUGACUCCCAGUGUAAUGUUUACCCUAUGCAUGCCCCUUCCUCUCCCCUGCCAUGACUUGACAUUUUCAUCCCAGGCAGACUGAAGCUGUGUGCAAAGUGGGCAAAGUCUGCCACCUAGUGCUCACCCUUUGUAUAGCAGGGUAUCUUUAUUAUGCAUGACUACUGUACAUUCCUAUUCUAACUCGAACAGUACACACGCAUGACCGGAUACAGUCAACCUUAUUAUCGGAAUACAACACAGUAAUUUCAGGCAUCCCGAGACAUAAAACAGUGAACCGCGCGGAUCGUAAAAAAACACAUCUAUGUGAAACGUGUCACGUUCUGAAGUUAAUGUCAAGUGUGAUGGUGGUGGUUUAGAGGGGUGUUUUACGUGCCGUGUAACUAAUAUUGACUUUUUAUAAACCUGUAAAAUCAUUAGUUUCAUGUUUUUUGCAUGUUGGGGGUAAUAAAUGCGUCAUAGUGUUCAAGUUGGUGUCAUCAUUGUAACCGAUAUUCCAAAAAUAAAAAAGAAAGAGAUAGAAAUAUAUCUCAAAAUAAUAUGCAUUUUCCUCCUCUGUCACUGUAUAUUUGAACUCCAAAACAUUGUUUCUUUGCAGCUGACCUGCAUUCUCAAUUUUGAGGCAAGCUUAUGCAGUUUAAUGCAGAGAGAGCGCAGUUUAGUUGUGUAAGAAUGUAAUUUUUUGGCGACAGGGUUGUAUAUUUUCAUUUGCAGAUUUGAGGACUAACUCAUGCUCUGUGUCUUGCAGAAACCUGUGAAAUGACAUGUAUUUUUUAUAUUUUGAGAGGGUCACAAAAAAACAAAUGUAAGGUUUUGUCCAUCUCUUCUCGUUGUCUUAUGGCUGUAUGAGCAUUUAAAAAAAUAAAGAUGGAUAAGGUGUCAGUGUACAUACACAACAGCAUAUUUUGAGGUAUGUUUAUUGCUCAUUUGCUUACAGUAGAAAAGCCUUUUACAUCUGUGUUUCUAAUAACAUCUAUAUUGUAUGUUGAUGUUUUUAAGAAUGUCCAACUAAGAAUGUAGAAGUUUGACCUAGAAACCGUUCACUGUUUUGACAACUAUCUUAUUGUGUUUUGAUAUGAGGUUUGACUAUGUUUGUGUUUACUCAUAUCUCCUGAAGUUGAUGAACUGCAGUACAAUAUUACCAAACAUAAAGCAACGCAAUCUGAA